AUGAGUCGCGACCACACGCGCGAACUCUCGUCGUCGUUGACAAACGCCUCGAGAAUCCCGUCCCUCCAUCCUUUCGCAUACGCCCCUCCGCAUGCGGGGCGAAAUACACCCGAAUAUAUAAGACAAAGCACGGAAUUUGGAGAAACGCCCAUAUCCCCACCGAGCGCCUACUACGAUCCACGUGUGCGUCAGCACAGCUUCCAUGCAUACGCUCUCCCAGCCCCCGUGCUUGCCGGAUCUGAGGCGUAUAUGCAUUCCCAGACGCGGAACGACACAUUCCGCUCAGCCCUUAUCAACUUCGCCGGUGCACUUUGUCUAGGGAUCAUCGCAGCAGGCUACGCGUCGCCCGACAGCCUGAAAACAUCUCGGUUGCUCGUUACAUCCGUAGCCUGCGGGAUCGCUGGAUGUCUCUUCACGCUGGCCUCACUUUUCCUCGAUCAUCGACGCGGGAGUCAGUGCUUCCUGCUGCUGAACCUGUUGAGCGCGGCGGUCGGAACUGUGACGAUGGUUGCAGCGACGCAGGCCUGGGUGAUGGCAGCACUUGCGGGAGUGUUCAUCGUAAUGACGGCGGGCGUAGUAUGGCGAUUGAGCGUACAGACGAGGUGA